AGGUUCCUUUAAAUUCGAGCCAGCUGGCCCGGCCACCGCUUUACACCCCAGCAGUACCGGCAAUUGAGGAUUCCUCCCCAGGAGGCAGCCUCCUGUCAGUAUGGCUCAAGAGUUCGUGAACAGCAAAAUCCAGCCCGGGAAGGUGGUCGUGUUCAUCAAGCCCACCUGCCCCUACUGCAGAAGGACCCAGGAGCUCCUCAGCGAGCUGCCCUUCAAACAAGGGCUUUUGGAAUUUGUCGAUAUCACGGCCACCAGUGACACAAGCAAGAUUCAAGACUAUUUGGAAACGCUCACAGGAGCCAGAACGGUACCUCGCGUCUUUAUCGGUAAAGAUUGUAUAGGCGGAUGCAGUGAUCUGACGGAAAUGCAUCAGAGUGGGGAACUGCUGAAGCGGCUGAAUCAGAUCGGAGCUCUGCAGUAAUUCUAGAGCUGAUCCCAGGACGCUAUCCCUGAGAGCUGGAUGCCACUUCAGUUGAUAAGCACACUUCCUGGUGUAGUGGAUCAUGUGGUGGAUGGAGCCGGGGCUAAAAGCCACAGCAACUCUUUAUUUAAAACUCUGAAAUAUGUUAACAAAGAAAAGGGGUGGGGGUUGGCAAAAAAGAGCUUCUUCUUCUUUUGACUCAGUAUUAAAAGUGGACCAACUUGCCCCAACCCACAGGUCUGAGAAGGUUGGUGGAUAUCUUGGGUUUCUUCUUAAUUGGCCCUUUGGGUUCCAAAAGACCCUGACUGCUAAGUGGAUUAGGAUUCACUCAGUGACCCAAAAGGUCUUCUUUCUCUCUGGCACAUGUCUCUUCCUAACUGCUCUGCAUAUGCUAGGACACCUCUACCUCUAAGCCAGUGUUUCUCGACCAAGGUCCCCUAGGAUGAAUCUGUAAUUGGUUUUUGGCUACUGCCGGAAAGGUACUUCACUGAGAUUGACUUAUAGAAUUUGCAUUACAAAAACAGUAUGUCGUUUGAAUGUACUUUUUCAAGAUACGGGGGUCUCCUAGUCAUGAACUCCAUCCCACACCAUCCUAUCUUGAGAAUCACUGCUCUGAAUCCAUGUUUUUAACCUUGGCAAGUCACAGACUCUCCUAGGGAAUGUUCAGCAAUGUCUCUAAGGGUCUUGAGAACCUAAUUUGAGAAACACCACAUGAAAACGGGUGCCAGAGAGAUCACAGCUGCUGCAAUCAUGGGCACCUCUGUUAUGUAAGAUGGCAUCCAGGUAAUCCAGAAUAACCGUCUAUUAACUUGUUUAGAUUAUUAACAGAAGUAAAAUACAACAUUGAAAAUGCUACCACAGGGGCACCUGGGUGGCUCAGGGGGUUAAGCCUCUGCCUUCGGCUCAGGUCGUGAUCUCAGGGUUCUGGGAUCCAGCCUCGAAUCAGGCUCUCUGCUCAGCAGGGAGCCUGCUUCCUCCUCUCUCUCUGCCUGCCUCUCUGUCUACUUGUGAUCUCUGUCUGUCAAAUAAAUAAAUAAAAUCUUAAAAAAAAGAAAGAAAGAAAGAAAGAAAAAAUGUUACCACAGAAAACUUACAAACCCCUCCCCCAAGAAUAGGUCUGUGAAAGUGGCCAUAUUCGAGAAACAAGGUCCUAAAUGAGUUUCUCUCUCUCCUUUUGACCUCCACUCUAUGAAAACUUGAGUCCCUUAUUAAAGUGAAGUUUGUUCUAGAAUUGCAAUUUUAAGUUAAUUUUCUUCUGCAGUCUCUAGUAUGAAUGGUUAAUGGACAGAGAUUUUUGUCUGUUUUCUAUGUUCUCAGUAUCUUGAGGAAUGGUAUUAAUGUGAACUACACCAUAUUAAAACUUUAUUUGUCUUUGUCCCUUACCGUUAUAAAUAAAGGUACAUGCUAUUGUCCUUUA